AUGAAAGAAGCAGCGUAUGCUGAUGAGUUGAAAGUUCUUACAGAGUUCAAAAACACAAAGAAUGAGUGUUAUGUGAAGGAAUCUGGGAGAAGACGCAGGAAAGCCACUCCUGUUGUUAAAGAAGGUGAAGGUUCGUCAUCAAAACCUAGAAAGAAGCAAAAGAAAGCAGCAACAAUGUCUUUGGUUGAUGAACCGAAAGAAGAUACUCCAGUGGUAACUACAGAGAAAGAACAAGUGGCAGCUACUGAAGAUGAUCCAUUUAAUACUGAAGUAUUGUUUGAUACUGAUGUUUUGGAAACAGUGCCAAAAAUUGUUGCUAACAUUGAACAAGUUGGUGACGAUGUAGAUAAAAGUACAACAAGUUCAUCAAGUUCUUCAGAUGAUGGUAUUGAUGAGAUUGAACGUCGAAAAAGAAUUCAAGAAGAGAUUGAAAAAGAGAAGCUGUUACGAAAGAGAAAGAGACAGGAAAAGGACGACGAUGAUGUUUAUGUGCCUUCUCCAGAGCAUGUCUCAGGAUCACAAUCUUCUCCAAGAGUAAGAAAGAAAGUUGGAGGUCGAAAGAAAGUGGUGUCUCCAAAAAUUGUCAAAGCUACUCCAAAGAUUAAAAUAACAAAGACUGUGCUCAAAAAGAAGAAACAAACCAAGAAACCACCUACACCACCACAUGAACCAACACCACCACAAUCACCUAUCCAAUCACCACCUCGACAACCUACUCCAUCACAACAAUCCUCACCACCUAAACAACAAACACCUCCAAGACAACCAUCACCUAUUCAUCAAACACCACCACAACAACCUCUUGUUACCUCACAAGAUAUAUUUCAAACACCUCCACUCACCCAAACGCAACCUGGUUUGUCUAGCAGAGGUCUUUAUACUCCACAGGAUAAUCUGUUAGAUGUUGGAGAUUAUGAUUUUGCCAACACUUCACAAGUUAGAAAUGUUGAAAAGAAAGUUGAAGAAGUUGUUGCUGAAAACAAGAGGCUGGCAGCUGAAAAUAAGAAAGUGUCUGAUAGAGAAAGACUUCUUGAGAUGCGUGUGAAGAAGUUAGAAAAUGAAAAUCAAGAGUUGGUGAAAAAGAUUGAUGCUGAUCAAUCAGAAAUUGAUAUCUUGAAGGUUAAAGUUGCUGAACUUGAAGAAGAAAAGGCUAGACGUGAUGAACAGAAUGAAUACUUUAAGUUGAAGAACAAAGAAUUUGAAGCAGCCAAGGCAUUAAGAGAUCACGAGUUCUAUAUGCUGAACAAAGUUGUUGAAAGCAUGCUUGGAACAUCGUUAGAACAAAAGUUUGAAGAGCUGUAG